CGUUUGUAGUGUUCUCGUUUGUAGUGCUGCUCGUUCAACGUGGAUCAGACACGAGCUGUCCAUCGUUAUUCAUGUGUUACUAUUUACGAAACGACGAUAUAAAAAGCUUGUAAAAGUACAGAUGUUCACGGAAAGUGAAAAUUCGGAGACUAUUCACCUACUGUGCACUAACCAAAGGGAGUUGUAACACCCAAACUAAGAUAACAUCGUUGUGUACAGAGCAGCUACAGAGAGGCUCUUACGGAACGACAUUUCAUAGAAAUACCAAAGUUUAUUCAGCUGCCAAGACGCUAACAAUUUCAAUUUACAACCAAUCUUGCUUCGCUUGAAUACUGCAUCAUACCAGUCAUAGGCGAUUUGAAAGCAUAACGGUUGUUUUGGGUGUAGAGCUAUGAAUACAAUUUCAACGAUAACAGUAGUUCACGAACGACCGACCUCGAUCGAUGCUAGUGUAUCAACAGUAAUGUCCUUGGAGGAAACUCAACGCACGCAGCGUCCAUACCGGUAUGGGAUGAUGCUCUUGUGCGUUGGAGCACUAGUCAACUGGUUAGGUUUAGCAGAAAACUACUCCGAACCGGUACGAUACGCCGGCGUAGCAUGUAUUUUGGCAGGAGCUUGUCUUAUAUGCACUGCCAUGUGCUGCUGGCUGCACACGCCCAAUCGACCAGGAUCGAACGAUGAGAGUGACGAUCCAGUACACGUGAUAAAUGUCAACGACGAACAACGGCGAGAAAAACCACCUGACUACGAUACCGUUGCUAUAGCCCCCCCAACCUAUGAUGAUGCAAUCAAGCUUGAUCCUGCCUCGCUGCUGCGCUCUUCCAUCGCAUCAACCACUCUAAGUGUCGCAAUGAAUACUACCAACAGAACGAUCUCUUAUCCUAGCUCUUCUCAUAUGCAAAGGAGUUCUUUUUGCACUCCAAACUCAGAAAGUAAUCAUAAUGAUACGACUUUGGUUUACCCACUGGCACAAUGUUCAGUGUGCGUCUUGGACGAAAAAUCAUGUCCCGUAAAACCCCCUCCUUACCAUGAAUAAUGCUGUGCCGUAUGUGGUUUCCUUUCAACUAAUUUUGGGUAUUGCGAAGUAUGUUAACUGAUUUUAAGUAAUGCUUGCAGUAAAAACUGCACCGUAAAACGCGUCCUAUCCUGACCUUCAAGUAGUAGUUAGGCUGUGUUCUUAUUACUUAAAUUGUAAACUAUGAUAGAAACCUUUGUGCAAUGUGAGGGGAGUGCAAGAUUGGUGUGUAUCGCAGUCAUGAGAUAUUACGUUAGAAAGAUACACGAUCGUGCUUGGAUGUACAGUAUUAAUGAUGCCAUAUAUUAAUAGCCGACAUAUCAGGUGUCCAAGACUACAAAAACUUACGUCACUUGCAUGUGAUACUGAUUAAACAUCGCACUGCGAAACAAUUGUGUAUAAAAGAUUUAUUCUAAGUUAAGUGUCACAUGCAGCAAAUGAGCUGUUCAGCACGAUGGAAAAAACAACGAAUGCAGAAACAUGAAAAUAAACAAAACUGUUGAGCAGUGUAGCGCACAUGGAAUAUGAGUAAGAACGUCUUUCGCACAGAAAUCGAUUAUUGUGCAGCACGCACAGAUGAUCUACGGGGAAGCCGCUUUUGCAGUAGUUCUGUUACUGGAAAUGUUGCAACGAAGGAGUUCUUUUUACCCUGAAAACCGAAACUCAUACAUCAUCAUGUGAAAUUGUAAUUCCCGAUCUCGUUCAAGGUCCAUCAUACUAUUCCAGCCUCGAACGUAAAGCUUCAAUUGUUCGGUUGAC